AUGGAGCCGCGCGGGAGCCUGGGCGGCCUCGCCGACCUGCCGGUCGCCAGGCUGACCGUGCGGCCCGACUGCCGCUUCGUCGACAUCGAUGUCCGGCCGGUGGUGCCGGAGGACCUGGACGACUGGCGCGCGGCCAUCGGCGACGUGGUGGCCUUCUCGGAGGCCCCCGUCGAGGCGCCGCUGGACGUUCUCGAGGAGUCCGUGUGCGACUUCGUGCUCGACGCGCCCGUGAGGAAGGGCACGCUCCUGACCGCACGGCUGCUCGGCCCGCACGGCGAGGAGACCCGGGUCCUCACGAAGCGCUGGCAGCGCGGCAACAGCUUCACCAUACUCCAGGCGCGGCCCGGUGCCCCGUCCGAGUUCACGGUGCACCGCAACAUGGACGUCGACGGGGUGGGGACGCUAAAGCUGCACUUCGCGCACGGCAGCCAGCUCCUGAAGCUGAAGGUCGAGCAGGGCUCGAGCAUCCGCCUCAGGGAGAAGCCGUGCGGCAUCGAGGAGUGGGAGGUGCUCGAGGUGCACACGCAGGACCUGGAGCGGUGCCCGAACUGCCGCAGCGGCCCGAAAGGCGGCACGGCCUUCAACAAGGACGACCAGUGCCUGCCAGGCACACAGUACAUGAUCGUGGAGCCCAAAGAGGACGCUCAGCUGCGGCCACGUCUACGCCGCGCUCGCGGGGAACGGGGACACCCUGCUCCCU